AGAGUGAGUCGGGUACUUUUCUAACAGGUUGUACGUAGCUGCACGUAAACAAGAACAGAGGCAGAGCAGACACACAGAGAGGACUGAGAGAGGACUGGAUAACAGACCUGUGAAUACAAGUCUCUUCUUUGGUACUAAACACUGAAAACGUGAGAUACCUGACUCCUGUCCGUGGCUUGUUGUUUUUAUCUCGUUUGGACAAUUUUAUUCUGCUUCUUCUAAAAGAUGAAUUCACUGAGCUGUUCUUCCAAAUGGCCAUCCCAUGACUCACUCCCUUCCAACUCGAGCUUUCUCCACAGUGAGAGCGAGCAGACCGAGGAUGAAGCUGACGUCUUCUCAGAGGGAGAGGGGGACAGUUUAAGAACGAGAAAGUCCCCCUCAGGGGAUGAGGAAAUCUCCCUUUCUAGAAGUUACAUUGAUUUCCCAGCUCAUUCAGACCACCUGAGGUCCAGGAGCGACCAAUCCAAACACUGCAGUGACAAAACUAAACUUCCCGGCUCUGUGUCGUCUCCAGUUGUUGCCAUGUUUGGAUCCUCUUCAGCGACACCAGGGGACUUGGCCUUCGCGCAGAAAUGUGCAGAUCUGCACAGGUUUAUCCAUCCUUUGCUUGAACUUCUACACAGACUAAAGGCUGGCAAAUUUGACAAAGGUUUAUCCAGUUUCCAACAGAGUGUUGCCAUGGACAGAUUACAGAAGAUCCUUGGAAUACUACAGAGGCCUGAAAUGGGUGAGAAGCACCUCCACAAUCUGCUUCAGAUAGAGAUGAUGCUAAAGAUUUGGUUCCCUCAUGUGGCAUUUCGUUCCCUCCAUGCACCAAUCCAGACCACCACUCCAAGACUCCCACAGCGCUGGCGCAAAAACCAGCUCCACAUUCCUGUUAAGAAGAGAAAGAUGACCUGGUAUGACUCUGACUGCUCUGGCACAGUCCCAAACAAGUAUAAGCUCCACCGAUAUGGAAGCUAUGGAAGCUGCCAGGCUGUGACUCCACUCAACACCAUUUCCACACCCUUACCUGGAUUGACUAAAAUACUGAAAACUCCAGCAGCAGAAGUAACACACGUACCGGCUGUAAACAGACGCACAGCUGGACACCAGUUCACAGACAUUGGCACUUUAAUAAGGCGGUCAUAUUUUUGUAGCAAGAUAGAAAGUGAGGAUCUGAGAACGCCUGAGAUUUUUCUGCACUCCUCUUGUGGCAGUCCAGCAGCACAGGACAGCUCAGUCUCCACAAGCAACAACUUUUCUUUAUCUUACUCACCUUAGCUGGCCUUAGCUGAAUCCCCUAGCACAUGGCGGUGCGGCAGCAUGCCAGCAGAGGGUGUGCUUGAUUGCAUAAGCAUAAAGCUAUGAAAAGAGAGCCAGUCUGUAUUGGCUGUAAGGCAUGAGACAGCGUAACAAGAGAAACAAAGUGAGACAUUUGUUCACCCCUAAAUAUCCAGUGUCUGUUUUUCAUCACAUUGGAGCUAUUGCACUAUAUUUACAGAAAUUGUAUGCUUGUCUUUAAGAGUAUAAUUUUUUUACACUUUGACCAUGUUAAAGGAUGUUGAAUAUACGUAACACAUAAUGUGUUAAAGCUCCUGUGCUCCGUUUUUAUUUUUCACAUCAUCCCAAACAGUAAAAACAGGAUUCAGUUUGUAAUCCAUGUUUAUGCUUUAAAAUGACCUGACCUGGUUAUAUCUCCUUACAUUUGAGCUCUUUAUUUUCUUUUUAACAUAUGUUUGGUUUGGUUUUACAUGGUGCUCUGACAACUUGUAAUUGGCAUUAUCCCUCAUUUUCUCCCAUUUGUAGUCUUAACAACGGCUAGAUGAAUGGAGAAAAUAAUUGGCAGCUUAAUAUAGUCAAAUUAUUGUUAGUUUAGCCCAAAUUCUCAUGACCACAGACGAUUGAAGUGAAUUAAGUAAUGUUCAAAUUGCGUCCAAACACCUAACUGCAGCAUAUAGUAGAGCAAAGGCAUGCUGCAGCUGCUGAUAUGUGCCAAACAAACCAUUUUGCUUGACCAAGUAUCAAGAGCACCUUACAUCACUCACAUAUUCCUUUGUAUGUGAAUAAGAAUAGAUGUACUUUCACUUAAUAUUAAAAGAAAACAAAGUGCUGCACAGGAGAAUCAACAAGUAUCAUGAUAGUUGAUGGGAUGCUUGGCUUGAUGUUGAUAUGUCAGUUACCUUGUUAGCUAGACAUGAGUGAACUUGUUUUGGGCAAAAAGGGUUAAAAAUGUAACAUUUCAUUAUGCACAUGAGGUUGUUUUUUUUUAAAUAAAUGUAUCAUGGGUACAAUAUAUUUAAUCCUUUGUGGAUUGGAAAAGAUGUAUUUGAACUUUGGAUGACAUGAUGAGGAAAUGUUACACAUUUUGGUCAAAUUAGUGUUUUUAAAUAUCUUUUGAGGUGCUUUACAGCAACUUGAAUUAGAGGCAAAAUUGUCAUUGAAUUCCACUAAUUUGAACUUUUAUGUUUUUGACUCUGGAUGGAAUUUCGGUUAAAUGCAUAAAAAGUAAUUUAAGCUUACGAUCAGGCUUAUUGUUUUCACUAAAAGCUCCAAAUGCUGUGUAUCGUUAUGAGGGUAAGAACGUCUUCUUUGUCCCUUUGAAAAUAGUUUUCCAUCACUGUCAUGCGGUUUCAAAAGUUAUAUCACUCAGUGCUUUGUUAUUUAUAAUGACAUAAGCAAUAUCAUGGAGAUUUGGUUAACAGAUCAUUUCCGUUCCUGAACACAUUGUUUCCUUUCUAAUGGCAUUUGUACGAUAUUAUGUCAAUCUUUAAAAUCAGAUAUCAUUCAUAUUGAAUGGUGUUUUAUUUCUGGUUUGUCACCAGUCAGCCUUACACAAUCUUAAAAAACAAGUACAAUACUUCUCCAACAGUGGUAAAAUCAUCUCAACAUGUCAUCAAACCAAAUGUGCCAUUGUUUAGAUUCGCUUAGGCCUCACCAUUAGUCAUUUCUAUGGGCCCUGAGAUGUGUUAAUUAAAUUAAAAUUCUAAGGAACAACGAUGUGGUUUAGUGUUGUUUCUGUGUAUAAUAUGCAGAAUCCUAUAGUACAGGUUUUGCUGUGCUGGGUUACAUAUUUUUUAUUUGUAAAAUACAAAAACAAGGUGAAAGUUGAGAAAAUGUAUUGUACGUUUGAGUUUUUAUUAUGAAGUUUCUUUUAUUUAAAAAGUUCUUUCUUUCUGAUACAUUGUUGUCAUUAUUUGUUAUUGACUGAUAAAGCACAUUUUUAUGGAUUAAAAAAAUGACGUGAACACCUAA